CGAUGCUUCGCUUGUAGGAAUCACUCUGAAGAUCCUCUGUUGACAUUCUCAGGCGGUCUUUGGAAUCCGAAAGUCGGUGUUUCUUCCGAUGGUGAAUCUCACGGACUUCCUCGCGGUCCUCCGCCGUUGAAGCUGCUUUCUCCGCUUUUGCCAGCUGUCUUAGCAAUCAACCAUCUUCUAUAUCAAUUGUCCUCGAUCCACUUCUCUCUCCUCUUUCUUUAUCCCUCCUUAACCGAUAACCAGUGACUAGCUUAUUUACGACGUGAUAUUCUGACUAGGGGUUAGCAAUGGUUUAUACUGCAUCUUUCGCCUUUUUUGAGGCAUUAUGGGAGGCUGGAGUGAGCCAUGUCUUUGUCAACCUGGGGUCUGAUCACCCCUCUAUCCUGGAAGCCAUGGUAAAGGGACAGAGGGAGAAAAGAGACCAAUUCCCCAGGAUCAUCACCUGUCCUAAUGAGAUGGUGGCACUCUCCAUGGCCGAUGGCUACGCACGUUUGACUGGAAAGCCCCAGUGUGUGAUUGUACAUGUCGAUGUGGGGACUCAAGGUCUUGGGGCGGCAGUACAUAAUGCUUCUUGUGGUCGGGCCCCGGUUCUGAUCUUUGCCGGACUAUCCCCUUACACCAUUGAGGGGGAGGUUCGUGGCUCUCGCACUGAGUAUAUCCAUUGGAUCCAAGAUGUUCCCGACCAAAAGCAGAUUGUUUCUCAGUAUUGUCGGUAUGCUGGAGAGAUCAAGACUGGGAGAAAUGUUAAGCAGAUGGUCAACCGUGCCUUGCAAUUCGCUACCAGUGAUCCUAAGGGACCAGUAUACUUGGUCGGGGCCCGAGAAGCGAUGGAGGAGGAGAUCACACCAUACAGUGUUAACCAGAGCGUUUGGAACCCGGUUGCGCCUUCAGCUUUGCCUGCGGAGGGUGUGAAGUUGAUCGCAUCUCAUCUCGCUGCCGCUAAGGAACCCCUGGCCAUUGUAGGGUAUUCAGGUCGCGAGGCACGGGGAGUGACAGAGCUUGUGAAGCUGGCUGAUAACUUCAAGGGACUUCGCGUCCUUGAUACUGGUGGCUGUGACAUGUGUUUCCCCGGAGACCACCCUGCGUGGUUGGGGCUACGUUACGGGUCUCAUGAUGCUAUCAAAACCGCGGACUUUAUCUUGGUUGCCGAUUGCGAUGUCCCUUGGGUCCCAACUCAGUGCAAGCCUUCUGAAUCCGCCAAGAUUAUCCACGUCGAUGUCGAUCCUCUCAAGCAGCAGAUCCCUGUUUUCUAUAUUCCUUCGAUGGCUACAUUCCGCGCAGAGUCAGCGACAGCUUUCAAGCAGAUCAAUGACUACAUCGCAUCAAAUGAAUCUUUGAAGAAGAUUGUCAAUUCCGAGGAACAGAUCGCGCUCGGAAAGCGUCGUGAAGAAUCAUACAAGCAGACCAAACAAACCAUCACAAAUCUUGCAGUGGUACCAUCGGGAGGCAAUGAUGCGCCCUUGAAUGCGAACUACCUCGCAUCUCAGAUUCGCACUGGUUGUCCAAUUGAUACCAUCUGGGCUAUCGAGGCAGUGACUUUAACCGGCUUUGUUGCGGACCAGAUUGCUGCUACCUUUCCAAACUCAUGGAUCAACUGUGGCGGAGGAGGAUUGGGCUGGUCUGGCGGUGGUGCUUUGGGAAUCAAACUGGCCAGUGACGUGCAGCAUGGUGGCCAAAAUAAGGGCAAAUUUGUCUGCCAGAUUGUGGGUGACGGGACGUUCCUCUUCUCAGUACCAGGUUCUGUUUACUGGGUUGCUCGUCGGUACAACAUCCCCAUCUUAACCAUUGUCCUUAACAACAAGGGCUGGAAUGCUCCCCGAAGAAGUAUGCUUCUGGUACACCCGAACGGCGACGGCUCCCGUGCUACCAACGAGGAUCUCAACAUCUCAUUUGCCCCGUCUCCAGAUUACCCAGGCAUUGCCAAGGCGGCAGCAGGUGGGGAGCUCUGGGCUGGGCGUGCUUCUACAGUUGCCGAACUUGGGAAACUGCUACCAGAGGCUAUCAAGACCGUACAAAGUGGGAAACCAGCUGUUUUGGAAGCUCAGCUGGAUGGGACAGUUGGGAAGUAUGUGGGAAAGAAAGAGGUUUCUCCUUCUCGGCUGUAGAGUGAUACUCGGGAAUAGGUUCCAUUGAGUAGAAUUGCGUGAAUAGUGUUUCAGUUGCGUCAUUGUCUAUAGAACAACUCACUAGCUCUUUAUACCGCAUUUAUAUCCGAGGUCUCUCCAGCUUAUCAAUCAUAUUUCUCUAUCCCUCCAUUCCAUCAUCGCUGCGCCCUAUCUCGUGACUGCUUAUCGCGCUAUCGAUAAGCGAGGCCGAUGCCGGUGAUAUCCUUAUCUAUGCGCGCGGGGUGUUCGGGCCGAUGACUGUUUUACAGUUACUAUACAAGGUUUUCAUUUCCACUGAA